UGAAGCUUGUAAUGGAAAAUCCACGGACCAUAAUUGAUUUGCCGUUCGAAGUGCUCGAUCUGAUAUUCAAAGAACUGAAGUGCUUGAAAGAUAAAGUGAACCUGGCACAGACUCAUGACAGGCUGGGAAAAGCUUUUGCCUUUCACAGUCGCAAUGAGUUCAGGACUCUUACGCUCAGUACCGCGUUAACUAACGAAUCGUGGGCCUUUCUUGUGCAAGAAUGUGGCACAUCAAUUGAGGAAUUAGAUUGCGAAAAAAGGAGUUUGUACCUUAUAGCCGAGUCGAUUGUGAAGCACUGCCCCAAUCUGAAAUCGGUAUCAACUUAUUUUUCCGCGGAUGAUAGUGCCAGCAUUAUGUCUUUUUUAGGGAAGAUGAAACAUUGCCUACUAUCGCUUAAAUUAACACAAAGUUAUUUUAAAAAUGCAUUUCCAUUAGAAAUCUUGAAAGUAUUGUGUGAAAUUUCCCAAUUAAAACAGCUAUGCUUGUGUAAUGUAUAUCCUGACGAAAAUAUGCACUAUAUACAGACGUGUGUCGCCCUGGAAAAGCUGGAACUCGAUAAUUUCUGUGUACUAGAGACACAUACUGUCAAUCUACAACAGAUUUGUGCUCCACUUAAGAAUCUCCGUGAAUUAAGUGUGAGUAAUUUCGAAAUUCUGCCGUUUGAGGAUUCAAAUUCAUCUAUAUGGGCCAGGUUAGAAACACUGGAUUUGAUUCAAUGCAAAUACCUCGAAAUACCUGAUUGCCCAAAACUUAAAAGCUUGAACAUUAAUUACACCAUAUGUUUCUUCGAGGAUUACGGGUUGAAAUUAAUCCUAAAAAACGGAAGAAAUCUUAAAACAUUGUACGAGGGCUGCGAUCCACCACUCGAAGCCGAAGAUUUCCUUCGAGUUCUUCGGGCCUGCCCAAAACUGCGUAGCCUUUAUACUUCAAUGGAAGAUAUAGAACUCUCUCCGGAAUACGUGUCUACAAUUUUGGGAAUUCUUAAGGAAAAUGGAGUGACGCGGGAGGAUCGAUUCGAAUUGGUUAUAACUAGCAUUUAUAACUGGGAUUGCAUCCAAGAGCUACUUCGUCUGGUCCCUGACGCUGAGUUGAUUGAUCUGUAUGAAAGUAUUCAAUAGAUUAUUAGUUAAUACAUAUAUAAAUGAUGUAAUAUAUAAAAACAUGAGUAUUUUUUUAAUUAUAAAUUAAAUACCCUUCUCAAGUGUUUUCGUAUUCCUUACAGUUCUUAGUU